AUGUCCUAUGUCAUUGUCGCUCUGCUUUCGUCCGCUUCCAUCGACUUUCCUGCUAUUCCAUCCAUCCAUCUCAAUCGACAUCUGGCGACGAGCAACCACGAUCACGAUCACGCCGGCAACAGCUCCUCCGCCUGGAGCACACGUUUCCGAGAGCCAUCAGCCGCCCGAUGCUCUCCUCCCUCCGACGAUUCGUCACCACGUCAAGCCGCAGCAGGAUGGCACUCUACAACCCCACCACCACCACCACCACUGCCGCCGCCGCCGUCGGUGCAUCCUCGACUUCCUCCUCCUCCUCAGCGCCCAAACUCAUCUGUGAAUAAUCUCUGCCUCCCUCCCCGCGUUUCCCCACACCGGCGGCCAUCUGACAGGCAUGCGCCCUUAGUCGCACCCGCCGGCGCCGCCGCCCACGGACAGGCGCCCCAGUUCACGCGGGCGACGCUCGCGAAGCGUGACCUGGAUCAAGCCUCGCCGAUCCCGCAGUUUCACGCCUGGUUCACGGCUGCGCAGGAAGAGCACGCCGCCGCCGCCGCCUCCGGGUGCCCGACCCCCGAGACCUGCACGCUGUCGACGGCUCGCCUCCCCGACGGCCGCGUCUCCUCUCGUCUCGUCUACCUCAAGGAGCUCGACGCCCGCGGCACCUUUGUCGUCUACUCCAACCUCGCGACCUCGCGCAAGGCCGAAGAUCUGCGCUCCAAUCCGAACGUUGCCCUCGUCUUCUACUGGGCCCCGCUGCAACGCCAGGUUCGCGUCGAGGGCCGCGCCCUUCGCUGCACCGCGGCCGAGAGCCAGGCCUACUUUGCCACCCGCGUCCGUGGCAGCCGCAUAGGUGCCUGGGCCAGCCGCCAAAGCGAGGUGCUGCAGCCUAGCGGUGACGACGGUGACGAUGGUCGGCGGCAGCUGGACGGCUGGGUCGCCGACGUCGAGAAGCGUUUCGAGGGCACCGAAGACAUUCCCGUGCCCGACUUUUGGGGCGGCCUUCGCAUCGAGCCCACGAGGAUCGAGUUCUGGCAGGGCAGGGACAGCCGUCUGCACGACCGCUUCGUCUAUGAGCGGGAGAAGGAUGAGGGCGGCGACAGCAAGUGCAAGUGGAGACUCGAGAGGCUGAGUCCGUGA